UCACAACAGUUUCUCGUAAAAGUCAACUUGAAAAUAUAUUAGAAAUACAAAUUGAUAAAAUUGUGAUAUAUAAAGGAAAUAUUGGAAAAAUCGAACUCUGAAAGGUUAAUUUUACACAAUUCAAACAAUGAAUUCAAUCGUGGAUCCACUGGAAGCCAAUGGCAGACUGAAAUCAGCCACAAUCUAUCGAAACAGUGAAUACAAUUACAUUUACGUUUGUUAUCACUGCGAGUGUUCAUUUACAAACAUUCUGGACACAUUGACCCAUGUCGAAAGCCAUUUCGAUGCGAAAUUCGAGGCUAAAGUGAACAUGACCCAUGACAAUUUGAGAUUCACUGAUAGUCGAAGCGAAUGCAUUACGGACAACAAAACGGAAACUGUCCCGAUGACGGAGAACGUGAAUGGAGUAAUGUUUAGUGAUUGCAAUGAUCCGGGUAAUUUGGGCUACGAAUUUACAAUCGUUGAACAAAAGUACCAGCACCACAAGCAAAAUGAGGAUCAUGCUCAUUUCAGUGAAACCACCAAUGAAGUACUUUUAAUCCAAUGUGAACACUGUGACCAGAAAUUCUACUCCUCACCACUGUUGAUCAUUCAUAUGAUACAACAUCACUCUAACAUGACAUCAUUGACAUGCCCACAAUGUUUCGAAAGCUGGACGGACGAAAGCGAAUUUUCUAGCCACCUUCAGCAGCACAUCGACGUCAGUGAUACAACCUACGAGAGAUUGAUAGAGAAGAUGAAAUCGAAAGCGGAAGUAACGGUUAAAAUCGAAAUUGAGCAAUGUCCACGGAAAUACAAGAAAAAAUGUCUCAAAAGAUGUGACAUUUGUUCAUCAACGUUUGCCACCAAAGAGCAGAUAAUUGCGCACAUGAGACAACAACAUAUCAAACAGCCGGAUGUAAAGAAAAUGUCUCUCGAUUGUGAAAAAUGCAAUCGGAAAAUCGAAGGAAAAUUCGCGUUCUACGCACACCAAUACGGUCAUUUGAUCAACGACACCCAGAUGAAUGAUGACAUCCUGCAGAUAAAUCUAAAAAAAUACCUUAACGCCAGUGUCUUCUGUGAUGAAACGAAUCCCGAUGAGCCGAAGUACGGCUGUAGUAUCUGUAACCAAAUAUCCGUUAAGAAACGAUUCGGUGCUUUGCGUCACAUUAUGCAGCAACACAUCUACUUAAUGAAGGCCAACAAACAGAAACGAUUCGCGUGCGAAUAUUGCGGCCGAAAAUUUGCGCUGUCCAACAACUUGAAGGUCCAUGAAAGGACACACACCGGCUCGAGACCGUUUAAAUGCUUGGUAUGCAACAAAUCGUUCACCCACUCCAGCUACAUGCGAUAUCAUGAAAAAAUUCACACAGGACUCCAGGACUUCCAAUGUUCCAUAUGCGGUCGCACGUUCAGAACGAACAACAAAUUGAACUUUCACAUUAAGUGCCACGCUAAUAUUAUGAAGAAAUGCCCGAUUUGUGAUAAGGAAUUGAAGGCGCAUCGUUUGAGCCUACACAUUCGAAAUGUACAUGAAAACGAGCACCGACCAUAUAAGUGCGAAAUUUGUACUCAGGCGUUCAAAACUGCUAAAACAUUAAGAACCCAUUCAUAUCGGCAUAGUGACGAGAAAAAAUUCGAAUGUCGACACCACUGUAAGGAGAAGUUUACAUCGUCUUCAAGUCGACGUGCACAUGAACGGUCGAAACAUGAGGCUCACUAAACGUUUACGAUUUCGAAAUGUAACUGCAAUUCAGUUGGUUCAUUAAAUGAUCUUUUUCUGUUAUACC